AUGGCCUCCUCAUUUGGUGACGCACCCAAGUCUCGACGGUCGAGCAUGAACCCCGCCACCGACGACGGGUCGGGUGCCUUGACAUCGUCUCUCAGCCAGCUUACCAUAUCUCAAGAUGGUUCCUCCGACUAUCCAUCUUCUAGGGAGCCGAGGCCGACUAUUGCUCGCAAACAGUCUACACCCACGCCUCUACGACCGCCUUCGUCUACUUCGAGAGUCCGCGGCUCUUCUCGCAGCCCCUCAGCCGGCCCUCGCUCUCGCGCCAGCUCUCCCACACUUCACCGCAAAGCUUCGAUGAACUCGCUGCACUCGGCUAAUGGCGUCGGACCCAGCCAGCCUCGACUUCGCCGUGCCAGCUCCGGCCAGCCCCUGUCCCCUGGCCCUAAGCACCCCCCUUCUCCCCAGUCUCCUGUGCAGGAGAGGGCACCGCUCAUGACUCCAGCUAGUGUUGCCGCCGACUGCCUGAGGGCGGAGCUCGAUGCGCACCACGGUGACAGCUCCUCACCGCUGCCGUCCCCCGAGCUAGUCAUCAUCCUCAACGAUGCCGUCUACGGUCACCGCUUCUCUCGCCCGCGCACCUCGAGAGCGGCGCUCAACACCAUUGUCGAACGGCCCGAACGCAUCAAGGCUGGUGUUCUCGGUAUUUCGCUGGCAUACAUUCGUCUCGGACAGCGUCACAGUGACGGUUCCGUCCCAUUGCAUCCAAAGCGGGACCCCCAGGCUCUCCCCAGUAUCCCUUUCCGUAUUCGGAAGACGACAAGGAGACUUGCCCUUCUUUCACAGGCCGUUACCAACGUCCAUGGGACUAGGUGGAUGGACGAGCUCAAAGCCAUGUGUGAAUCGGCCGAGUCCAAGCUUGCCAUGGGUGGCAAGGAGCUGGAACGCCGACCGACGAGCAGAGGCGGAGACGACGCAACGCCUGCUAAGCUUCAUGAGGGUGACCUCUACCUCUGUUCCGAGUCUCUCGACGCCCUGGAAGGCGCCCUCGGUGCCGUCUGCGAGGGUAUCGACACAGUCUUUGGCCCCGGGCCUCGCCGUGCCUUCGUUGGCGUCAGGCCACCCGGCCAUCAUUGCUCUGCGUCUCACCCCUCGGGCUUCUGCUGGGUUAAUAACGUCCACGUCGGCAUCAUGCAUGCUGCUCUCAACCACGGGCUUACUCAUGCAGCCAUCAUUGACUUUGACCUGCACCAUGGUGAUGGGUCCCAGUCCAUUGCUUGGGAGCAAAACAAGCGAUCCGUCUCAACCACCAAGAACUCCGCCCAGUGGAAGAAGACGUCUGUCGGGUACUUCAGUCUCCACGACAUCAACUCCUAUCCCUGCGAGGGGGGUGACGAUGAGAAGGUCAAAAAUGCCAGUCUGUGUAUCGACAACGCACACGGACAGACAAUUUGGAACGUGCACCUCCAGCCGUGGGCGACGGAGGAGGAGUUUUGGGAACUCUAUGAGUCCAAGUACACAGUAAUUUUGGAAAAGGCACGCCUCUAUCUCAAGAAUCAGGUACGGAGGGUGCGCGCCCUGAAUCUCGAACCCAAGGCUGCCAUCUUCUUGUCGGCCGGCUUCGAUGCCAGCGAGUGGGAAAGCCAAGGCAUGCAGCGUCACCAGUCCAAUGUCCCUACCGACUUUUAUGCCCGUAUCUCUCAGGACGUUGUUAAAUUAGCUGCCGAGGAAGGCUUGGGCGUCGAGGGCCGCGUCAUCAGCGUGCUUGAGGGAGGUUACAGUGACAGGGCCAUCGCCUCGGGUACAUGUAGUCACAUCUCAGGACUUGCAGGCAACCAGAGACUAGACUCAGUCCCGACGGGUAUCGACAGCCUCGGUUCGGAGAUGGGCAGAAGGAUGAACGGCCUCGGCAAAGAGCCCAUCUAUGAGGCGGACGAGGGACUUGCAUCGCUACACCCUUACAACCCUUCGUGGUGGGCCGGGCCACAGCUGGACAAGCUAGAAGACCUUAUGGCAGGCCCCCCUGAUAUCCCCAAGAAGCCUCGCCAGGUGACGCCUUCGACCUACUCGUCGCCAACUCAGGCCUCCACGGCCAAGGUGGCAGGCCCCAUCAGGAUGAGACGCAGCUUCUCGGGUCUGUCGGCUGCUAACAAAGCCAUGGCUAUCCAGCCGCCGUCACCCCCACCGCCUGAGGUCCCCUGGCAUGUUGCCGCCCACGAGCUGUCUAAGCUUCUCAUCCCUGUCGACCGUCAGACGAAUAGCUGCAAACACGAGGACCUCAACGCUGAGGCCACCCGUAUUCGCCAAGCACGCCAGGCUACGCUGGCCGGAGUCACUCCCGCUGCCACGCCUGAUCGAUCGUCCUCCAGGAUGGCGCUGCGUGGUCGCAAGCCCAAGUCAACACUCCCCAUUGAUGAGGAAGAGCUGAAGACGAAUCGGCGCAGAACCGUCGCCACCACAACAGUGGCCACGCCGGUGAAGGGGACACAUCGUGAUCCUAAGGCUCUCCCGGCCGCCCCCCAAUCCGCUAGACGCAGCACUAGGAGAAUGAGCGGGGCCUCUACUAUGCCGGUUACUAGUCCGACAGACGAACUGCCACCUUUGCCUAGCAACAAUAGAGACUUUCUUCAGGAACAGCAGCAGCCGGCGGCGGAAGCGCCUGCGCAGACACCUGUGCAGACACCUGUGCAAGGCCCUGACCCAUUGCCGAUGAAGAAGACGAGAACGCCGACGUCAACACGCAAGGAGCCAGCAGCCAAGAGUGCACGCGCAGCAAAGAAGACGACGACACCCAUUGGUGAAAGGGACAGCAAGCCAUCGGAUCAGCGGGCUUCCACGACUUUGGAGAAUACGAGCGAAGACAUGGACAGCAUCACUAGCGGUAUGAAGAAGAUCAAGAUCAACCUCAUCACCCAGUCGCAACGGGAGGCCAGGGAGCGUUCCAAGGCGGCGGCGGCGGCGGCUGCGGCGGCGGCGGCCGGACAAGCCGCCCCAGCGACAGGCCGAUCGAGCAGCGCACGCUCUGGACGGUCAACGCCUCUUGCAUCGCCGACGCCAGAGCUGCAGAGCACAGUUGCCUCCCUCGGAGAUGGCACAUCCGACCCAUUGACCCCCGGCGGAGAUGGCAACCUGCCAACUCCGUCAAUCGCCGACAGGAUAUCAGCGUGGACGACGCCGGACUCAGAGCCGCCUUCCAAGAUGAAAGAAGAGGUGGACUUUGAGUCCAUCGACAAGGGUGCGCCCGCAACUGCCCUUCCUUCCCCCGGUCCUCGGCGCACCGGCACGCCCACGCCGUCUAUCUAUGUACCCCGUGUAUCGGUUCAGCCCAGCAGCAGCGACACGCAAUCCCCCAUCGAUCCCCCAGACCUCUUCAUCCCCUACCAGCCAGAGGGGCCGCCUCCCGCGGCGGUGGCUCCCUCGUCCGAACCCCUAAAGUGGCUGCCUCCCAACAUGACGGACCCAUCUGCUGCCAACACGCCCAUGCCAUCGCCUAGUCCUGUCAAGGCCAAGAGGCAAGAAAGCCAUAACCUGUUUCACUACACGCCCGGGAGUAUUCCCUUUGCUCCUCGUCCGAAGGAGCCUACCAAUACAGACAUGUCUCCGCAGUAG